CUCUUCUCUCUGUCGUGGAACAGCGAUUGGGAAGGUGGUAUGGUCUCUUCCCAUGUCUCGCAUUUGAAAGCGCACUAAUAUGGGUUCCCACACGCACGCAGAGCGGUUGCUGUUUGUCAGUCUGGAGACCUGCAGACAGUGGAAGGUAGGAAAAUGCCAGUCGGAAGCGGCGGAGCCCAAAUCACUGAUAGCGGAGUGAGCAAUUCUGUCUCUCUCCCUCCCGGUCUGCAGCCUUCAAGAACAGCAGCCGCAUCAGUUUUUCAGAGCAGCACUCCACCCCACCAACCCCACCCCCUCCUCUUUCUCUCUUGCUCUCUCUCUUUCUGUCGCUCGCUUUGCCGUUCUCACCGACGCUGCCAGUGUGGGAAUGUAGCCGACAGAGGUAGCAAGCAAAGAAGCCAAGGUAUUCACAUUUUUCCAGCACAAUGACAGGCUGUGAACAGACAGUUGGAGGAAAACGGACAGUCCGGGAGAUCUAAGGGUAAAGGGAUUGGAUGGGGAUCAGUUGGAUUUAACCCUCCCACCCUCAUCAGCCUCAUCGGCAGAUCCUCUCCCUCCCUCUUUCUCGCUGUCUCCAGUGGCUUCUAAAGGCUGUCUUCAUGCAGGAUUACCAACGGCCCCUACCGCUGAAGCCCCACUGCAUUGGGCUUCCUGGGUUAAAGGGAGAGGGAACUGAAGCUGACCCAAAGCUGGGAAAUAGUGGAUGAAGCCUUUAAAAAAAUACCAGAAACACAAAAUAGAGUGCGAACCCUGGAGGAAAAAAGGAAUCGAGUGUUGUCGAUCAGAGUGCCAUUGAGAAGCAACGAGUUGGAGCCGCAGAGGAGUGGUGCUGCUCUGCCUGGCUUGUCUCUCAGAGACACACACAGAGGAUUUACAGCUCUCUGAACUCGCCACAUUGUGGAUCAAUAUCCUCCUGCCUGCCUUUUUCUUAAGCUUUUUUCCCACGGGGAGAGUGAAGCAUCUUGGGAUUUACCGUCGUUUUGUAUACCACUGAACAGCAAGGAAGCCGCACACCCUCUGUUCUGCACCCUCACCUGUUCGUGGCCCACCUGUAUGUGUCUGUCUGUGAGUGUCCAUGUUUAUUUGUGUGUGUAUCUAGCUAGCUCUGCACCAAAGGGAGCUUAUAUUUGUAUGUGCAUCCGUGUGAGCUUGUAAUUACUUCUGCGUCUCUGUGAGUGCUUUCCUAUGUCCAUCUGUGUGGGGGUAUACAUGUAGGCAUUUUGUGUGGGUGCAUUGGUAAGAUGCCCAGUGUUGUUUCUCUGCCCCAUCCCCUUCCUCGUUCGCGCCCUUUUGUCACUGAGCCCCCGGUUUGAACCCUGACCUUUGACGGCAUCUGCAUGAUGAGCGAGCGCUCGGGAGCGAGCACUCUGGGGGCCAUGUCUCUGGAGGAACCCGGGGGCGAACAGGCCUCUCCUAGGGCCCAAGGUCCUCUUCGCUGUGGGCCUUGUGCUGUUUGGCCCCGCCAGCAGACCUGGCUGUGUGCGGUGCCCUUGGUGAUGGGCUUCGUUGGCCUAGGCCUCAGUCUCAUGCUGCUCAAAUGGAUUGUAGUGGGCUCGGUUCAAGACUAUGUGCCCACCGAUCUGGUGGACGCCAAGGGCAUAGGACAAGACCCCAUCUUUCUUUCGGAACCCAGUGCCCUUCCCAAGCGACCAGACACUAUGACUAGCACCAUCACCGCCACUGCAGUGGUCUCCACCUCCACCCCUCUGGCAGCUGACGCCACGGCCCCAGCCCCGAGAACUCGAUUUGGGCCACCAUCCAACCACUCUGCCCCACACCUCCACAACCGGGUCAGCAGUGGCACACGUGUGACAGGCACCACCACCACUACCCGUGCCACUCGACUUGCCCACCCUGGGGGUAAAGAGGUGACACCACGCAGCACCACAGUGCGCCGGGUUAGUGGCACGGGUAACGGUCGUAAGGAAAAGGAACCUCCUAACUUACGACCUGGUCCAACCUCCACGACCACUAAAGCCAUUAGCAUGACCUCUACUACCAAGACCACAACUGAGUGGCCAGCACCUACUUCUCCACCGUCUCCUCCAGCCAAGCCAACCGGACGUUGGAACCCUGGACGCUCAGGGAAAGGCCCUGCAACGCGCCCACACCACCGCUUCAGAACAAUGGCCCCUACGUCUCCUAGUCUGAGUUCAGAGGUCUUCAAGCCAUGCAUUGAUGACAAGGAUCUGGCAUUCUGUCUCAAUGAGGGCGAGUGUUCCAUCAUUGAGACAGUAGCAGGAGUGCACAGACACUGCAGGUGUAAAGAGGGUUACCAAGGACUACGCUGUGACCAGUUCGUACCCAAGACGGACUCCAUCUUAUCUGAUCCAACAGAUGAACUGGGAAUCGAGUUCAUGGAGAGUCGUGAAACUUACCAGAGACAGGUGCUGUCCAUCUUCAGCAUCGCUUCAGGGAUCUGUUUCCUCGGAGUGGCAUGCAUUGCUCUCUAUCGCCAUAACAUGAGACACAGGGAAAAGCUCUGGGAGCACUUCUCUGAAAGCCGGAACCUGAGGGACUGCAGUAUCAACGCCUCUGGGCUCAUGUCUAAAUCCAGCCCCAGGUCUCAUUGCGCUCAGCAGCUUCAGAAGUGCUGCAAAUCUCCUCAAGGGGGCAGCAGUCUGACAGCUGACACACCCACAGCAACUCCUACUGUCACUAGAACACUCCCCAAAGGCAAACGUUUCAGGAGUAGCUCCCUGUCCAUCAGUCCAGCCCAAAGACACCCAGACACUCAUCACUUCAAGACCCCACCAAUCUCUCGAGGACCAAGGGCUGCGGGUCCUGUCUAUAGGCAUCUGCAGGAGGUGGAUUCUACUGAGACUGAGGCAGAGUCUUUAAAACGGCUUGAAAAUAGGAGGGACAGAGCAGAUGACCGCCAUCGCAGUGGCUUCCUGAAUAUGCAAACCCGGUCUCGUGCACCUGAGAAGAAGCAAUGGAGGGAGGUGCCGUGCACUCGCUUGGACAGAAGACUAACACCUUCUCCUCCCUCUCUCCGCACACACUCCGUUCCCAUCAUCCCCUCUCUGCAGGGAAAUGAAUGCGAGUGGGCUCGUGUGGACAGGCGCAGCCGGGGUGACUUGCAGGGAAGUGGUCUAGCCGGGUCAGGCUUCUCUUCAAUCUUAUCCUCUGAGGCUGUACUUGAAUCUGAGGCCAGACCCAGUUACAUAUGUCCCCGCAGUGCUAAGACUGCUCUGGGAUUGCAAACAUACCACAUGCAACCACAUACCUUUGAAACUCCAAAAGGAUCAGAGCGCAUGCUCCAACACUCAAGCCUUGCGGCCUCUGGGACAGCAUCAUCCGGAUCCAGGUUGAAUAGCACAAACACUGGUAUUUCUGUGACUGUGCUUAAGUCAGAGGGUAAAAGCAUGCAGUAUACACCCAGACUGCUCUACAGCUCUUCCGGAGGCAGGGGUCCUCAGGCAGCAGAGCAAAGACAGACCCAUGAGCUUGGUAAACAUGUCCCCCUGCUGAUUGAUGGAGAAGCAACCUGUUUCCUUUCAGCAGCGAUGGGCAGAGGCGCUGGAAUUACUUGUGCCAAAACUUCUGACAGCUGAUUUGAUUAUUUCUCACUAACCUGCAAGUCAAGACUCCGCCUACCGGCAUCGAUGACACGGGUUGGGGGUUGGACCACCUGCCUAACUAAUUGGACCAAUCCCAUAUGGUCUGUGGUUUCUGUAAAUGAGCCACAGCAUUCUGGAUUAAAGAGAGGAAUUUAUUGACACAUUAAAGACACUGAAUUAUUAAGAAAACACACACACACACACAGUUUAUGUGAAUAAUGUGAAACAAUGUAGACAGACAUAAAGACUGGGGAGGGAGCUUGAUUUAAAAGUGUAUUGAAAAAGCUUUAUUUAAACAAAGCUUCUACUUAGAAACCAAAAUAGUGUGUCAUCUCUAUGUUGUUUCUCUAUUGUAAAGAACUCAAAUUAUAUAUGUCAUAUAUAUGUCGUAUAGACGUAUAUAUAUUUGACAUGACGUGACAAAAUAAAGACAAAGACUACCGAGGUAGUGUGGUUGAUUGAAUUACUUAUAUCUCCCCACUGCUUCUUUGUUGUCUGUCUUUCAAAUCACUGCAUCUUUGUUGUCUGUCUUUUGAAGGUACAGCAGAGUAAAUUGUAUUUGAAAAUAUGUUUAUCCUAUUCGGAACUAUGUCAACAGGUGUUAAAGGAGGAUUCUAAAUACUCUGAUUUUCUUCCAUAAAAAUUAUAAUCAAGUCACACCCAGUGCUGCCCAGACACCUAAUGCCAUAGUUUUUUGCGAACGUUGAGAGAUUUCAGAAUGUACACAGCAAAAGACAGAUUGUUAGAGUCUCUGUCUCUGUCUCCAUGGCAACAGCAGCCCCAUUGAGCAUGACAAUGACACUUCCUUCCCCAGUCAAAGUAAAGUCCUCUAUUAAAUAAGGAGCAUCAUACAGAUUUUAUCAUUUAUUUGUUUCUCUUUCCCAAAACAGCCAUUUUAAUUAAAGCGCCAUGUCUCAUUAUUUGGCAUCAGCUCUUUUCAUAAACUCCAGCAAAGGAAAGCAGAAAAGUUUUUAACUAGCCAAUCUUCAGGUGAGAAUUUUUCUCAGAGGGAAUUCAUCAGGGAAAAGAUUAAAGCGGCAGCACCAGGGUUUGUCUCUGGUCCUGUUCACAAUAAAGACCAGCAACACAAAGGAAACAAUUUAUAUUUUCCUGCAAAUUAGUACCACUCUUUUUGUAAUCUAAAAAUAUUUGUUUUGAUCAUUUCUACAAACAGAAAAUUUGCUAAAUGUACAAGACACUAAUGACUGGUGAGAGGUUUGCAGAGAAUCUGUAGCCUACUUGUAGGCCUAGACCAAACGAGGCAAUAAGUUCCAUGAAUCAAAAACCAAUACCUAUCCUCUACAAACAUUCUCGGAGUUCCCUCCACGUUCACGUGUUUCUGGCGAAAGGCCCAGGUGACUUCCACUGUGGUUAGGGUUUCUAUUAAUGCA